GCUACUGCAGGUGCAAAGCUGGGCUCUGGGUUAGCCGCUGCAACGAAGCCGAGGGAAAAAACACACAUUUCAAGAUGGCGUCUGCAAAUGCCACAUACGGACAGAAGGAGUCAUCGGACCAGAACUUUGAUUACAUGUUUAAAAUCCUCAUCAUCGGCAACAGCAGCGUAGGAAAGACCUCCUUCCUUUUUCGCUAUGCAGAUGACUCAUUCACACCAGCCUUUGUGAGCACAGUGGGCAUCGACUUCAAGGUUAAGACCAUCUACAGGAACGACAAGAGGAUAAAACUGCAGAUCUGGGACACCGCUGGCCAGGAGCGCUACAGGACAAUCACCACAGCUUACUACAGGGGAGCCAUGGGCUUUAUCCUCAUGUAUGACAUCACCAACGAGGAGUCCUUCAACGCUGUGCAAGACUGGUCGACCCAGAUCAAGACAUACUCAUGGGACAAUGCUCAGGUGCUCUUGGUGGGGAACAAGUGUGACAUGGAGGAUGAACGCGUGGUGGCUGCAGAGAGGGGCCGGCAGCUGUCAGAACAGCUGGGUUUUGAGUACUUUGAAGCGAGCGCCAAAGACAACAUUAAUGUGAAGCAGACCUUCGAGCGGCUGGUGGACAUCAUCUGUGAGAGGAUGUCGGAGAGUCUGGACAACAAUGACCCGACCAUCACCGGAGCUAAACAGGGGCCACAGCUCACUGAGCAGCCUCAGAGGUCCCAUCAGGAUUGUGCUUGCUAAACACUGCUACACACACACACACACACACACACACACACACACAC